AUGCUACAAACACGCUACAAACACGCUACGGCGUACACGCUACAAACACGCUACGGCGUACGCGCUACAAACACGCUACGGCGUACGCGCUACAAACACGCUACGGCGUACACGCUACAAACACACUACAAACGCGCUACGGUGUACACGCUACAAACGCGCUACGGUCGUGUUUUUGUUCUCUGUGUUUACUAUGUACUGUGUUGUUGUGGCCCAGGCUGUCCUCCGCUGCAGGGCUCAGAGAGCAGCCAGCAGAACUUCAUGGGCGUCCUGGAGACGGCCAUGAAACUAGCCAAUCAGGACGCAGACGCAGAGGACGAGGACGGAACAGGGGAAUUGGCCAAGCCUGCAGUGGGAGCUCCAGUCCAGAAAGGCAAAGCCCUGACCCCUCCCACACCAGGUUCCGGAGGCAACACAACACAGGGCUCCAGACUGGGGCUUAAAGCCCAGCAGCAGUUGGACUUCCUGUUGCUGCGGCGACAGGCGUUCGUCCGUGCGGCGCUGCGUUCUAAACAGAUGAAGGACAUGCAGGGAGCGGCGGUCCAUCUCCGACACGCUAAAGGACUGGACCAGAUGAUCAGCGCCACCAAGGGAGGCCUGCCUGUAGACAUCACCAAGGUCCCCAGUGCUCCAGUCAGUGAGGAGGACUACUCUCUGGCUCGGUCUCGCUCAGAGCUCUCCUCGCACCUCCUCAGAGCAAUACAACAGCUGCUCAUGGAGCUGCUCCGACAGCAGCACCAGAAAUGUCUGGGUUACUCCCAGCAGUUCACUCACAUGGGAAGUGUGGCCGAGACCUCCAGGUUUGAGAAGCUGGCAGAAGAGUGUAUGCAGAACAUUGAGGUGCUGAAGAUGGCCCACGCCAAGGGCCAACCUGUCCCCAAAUACCACACUGAGGAGAGGACCUUCAACACUGUCAAAAUGUAUCCUGACCUGACAGCCAAUGAGAUGACGCUGUACAUCGUGAAGGGCAUCAAUCUACCUGCUCCCUCAGGAGUCUCUGCCAGUGAUCUGGACACCAGUGUGCGCUUUGAGUUUCCUUUUCCUAGUAUGGAGGAGGCCCAGAGGGAUAAGACCAGUACAGUGAAGAACAGCAACAGUCCAGAGUUUAAAGAGAAGUUUAACCUGAACAUCAACCGUCAACACAGAGGCUUCAAGAGGGUCGUCCAGGCCAAAGGCAUCAAGUUUGACAUCAUCCACAAGGGGGGUCUGUUCAAGGGGGACAAAGUGUUGGGGAACGCUCAGCUGAAGCUGGACUCACUGGAGAACCAAUGUGACAUCAGACAGAUUAUAGAGGUGUUGGAUGGUCGUAAGGCUACGGGGGGUAAGCUGGAGGUGAGGGUGAAGAUUCGGGAGCCGCUGGGAGGAGCACAGCUUCAGAUCACCACAGAGAAAUGGCUGGUCCUCGACCCUGUACCAAUCACCACCCCCGACAGAGAGAGAGAACAACAGGGCCCCUCUCCUCGCUCCAAACCAAAGAGUGACAAUGGGAGGAACAAGCAGUCUAACCAGUCCAGCCACUCUCCUCCCCAGUAUAAACUCCACAGUUUCAGUCUACUGCACUACGAUAAGGAGAGACUGGAGAGACAGAUUGGUGAUUACAGGAAGAGUAGGCGGGAUCCUCCGUCUGACCUGGUACAGCAACACAAGGAGGUCACACACAGGCUGCAGUGGCAGAAAGCCCAGCUAGAGAGAGGCUCCCCUACUCUACUGUCAGAGUAUGAGAAUAUUUUGCAGCGUUUUGCCCAGGGCCUUGCUGAGUCAGUGAAGAGGUUUUCCAGCCAAGGCAACAGGGAUGCUGCUAAGGACGCUCUAGGACGGCUGAAGAUGGUGGAGACUGAGUUGGAAUCUCUCAAGAGGAAACGCCUGGUCUGAGAAGAGGAGGACAGAGGGACUGGAGAGUUGUCUGGAGUACUGUUAUGUUACUCACACAGACACAGCCAAUCACCUUCAACAUCUUCCUGCCGCUCCUCUGCUCCUCUCUGCCUCCUCCACUAAUGUUCUUCCUUUUACUCUGUUCUUUACUUUGUAUUGUCAUUCAUUCAAUCAGUUAGGAAGAAGAACCCGUUUGAGUAAAACAGGGCUGCCUCCCAAAUGGCACCCUAUUCCCUAUAUAGUGCACUACUUUAGACCAGGGCCCAUAGGGACUAAUAUAGGGAAUAGGGCACCAUUGAGAUACACGGCAGAAUGGAAUCCUGUGAGAUUGAUAGUGACAUGAAGACAGAAUGCAGGGCAGGACAGAGAAAGGCUUAUUUGCACUUGAAAACACUACAGAUUAUUACCAAAACCCUGCCGCCUUCACUAUAGUCUUUAAAGUCCUUCAAUGGGUCUCUCUCUUUCUCUCUGUUCAGAGAGUGGUGUGUGUAACUCCUGGUCUCCGCAUUGUGUGUGUGUGUGUGCGUGCGAUGUUAAUGAGCUUAAUCUAAUCUGUCUGCUCCACUAUUCCCAGAUUACUGUAAUAUGACCCGUUUGGUGCCGUGUGAUAUGGGAACUACACGGAAACGGGAACUAUAUCCCAUAAUGAGGGAUUAGCUAACACUGGUGUCGCCAUGGAGACGUCUCAUUCAGGGAAGUGAGGAGAGGAGGUACCCCAGGGGUUAAAUUGAAGAGGACAGGAUUAGAAUUCGUGUAGAACAGACCAGUAGCUGUAAAACCCACGGGAUUAUCUGUGAAUUGGGAUAGAGGUUCUCUAUUCAUUGUAAUGCUAUGGUGCGGAGUCUGGGAGCCCGUUUAAAAGGACCCCUCUUAUAGGACCAUAUUUAGCCUAUUGUGAUGUCAUCAAUUAGGCUUGCGUCAUGUCACUAUGACGUCAUCAGUUAGAAUGUCCAUCACCACAUUGUGAAGUCAUCAGUUAGAGGGUGUGUUCCUCUGUUCAGACGUUGCUGACGCCAGAUCUUACAUCGCCUGGAUAGGUAUUUUACAGAUCAGCUAAACACAUCACAUGUUAAAGCAAUCUGGUGCAACCAGUGGUUGAUGCAUGUGACAUCUGAGCAGAGAGACGCAACCAGAAUGAUUAACAAAGGAUCGCUUCAUCUGGUUGUGAUGUCAUCAGUUGGAAUGUUCUACAAAGGGCUACAUCCAAUUAUGAUGUCAGAAUCCCAGAAUAAAGCACUAUGAGUAAACUGUCACUAUACCCUGAAUCAGAACCUGAAGCAGAUACAGUAUGUGACUUCACCCGUGUCCAAGCUGGCCUGAUGUCGGCCCCAAAUCCUACAGGGAUCCUCUAAGAAUGAGAAGAAGAGGCUUCAGUGCACUUCCUGUUCCUCGUUCCGAAUGUCAUGGGCAGGAAAUGCGCGCUUUACUUCUUACUGACUUCCAGACAGGCAGAGAGAGGGACAGACGGGCAGAGAGAGGGACAGACGGGCAGAGAGAGGGACAGACGGGCAGAGAGAGGGACAGACGGACAGAGAGAGGGACAGACGGGCAGAGAGAGGGACAGACGGGCAGAGAGAGGGACAGACGGGCAGAGAGAGGGACAGACGGGCAGAGAGAGGGACAGACGGACAGAGAGAGGGACAGACGGACAGAGAGAGGGACAGAGAGAGGGACAGACGGGCAGAGAGAGGGACAGACGGACAGAGAGAGGGACAGACGGGCAGAGAGAGGGACAGACGGACAGAGAGAGGGACAGACGGGCAGAGAGAGGGACAGACGGGCAGAGAGAGGGACAGACGGGCAGAGAGAGGGACAGACGGGCAGAGAGAGGGACAGACGGACAGAGAGAGGGACAGACGGGCAGAGAGAGGGACAGACGGGCAGAGAGAGGGACAGACGGGCAGAGAGAGGGACAGACGGGCAGAGAGAGGGACAGACGGACAGAGAGAGGGACAGACGGGCAGAGAGAGGGACAGAGAGAGGGACAGACGGGCAGAGAGAGGGACAGACGGGCAGAGAGAGGGACAGACGGGCAGAGAGAGGGACAGACGGACAGAGAGAGGGACAGACGGGCAGAGAGAGGGACAGACGGGCAGAGAGAGGGACAGACGGACAGAGAGAGGGACAGAGGGGACACAGGCAGAGCUUGUCAGAGGGGACACUGUUUAGUCAGUGUGGUUUGGUCAUGGUGGGCCGGAGACCACAGCUGCCUAUAGUGUUGAGGUCAGCCCCUUUUCUCAGAUUUUGGGUAGAGAAAGGAGGUCUCCUCCUGUACCCCUCUAUAUACCCAGACACCCUGAGGUCUCCUCCUGUACCCCUCUAUAUACCCAGACACCCUGAGGUCUCCUCCUCUACCCCUCUAUAUACCCAGACACCCUGAGGUCUCUUCCUGUACCCCUCUAUAUACCCAAACACCCUGUGGUCUCCUCCUCUACCCCUCUAUAUACCCAGACACCCUGAAGUCUCCGCCUCUACCCCUCUAUAGACCCAGACACCCUGAGGUCUCCUCCUCUACCCCUCUAUAGACCCAGACACCCUGAGGUCUCCUCCUCUACCCCUCUAUAGACCCAGACACCAUGUGGUCUCCUCCUCUACCCCUCUAUAUACCCAGACACCCUGAGGUCUCCUCCUCUAACCCUCUAUAGACCCAGACACCCUGAGGUCUCCUCCUCUACCCCUCUAUAUACCCAGACACCCUGUGGUCUCCUCCUCUACCCCUCUAUAUACCCAGACACCCUGAGGUCUCCUCCUGUACCCCUCUAUAUACCCAGACACCCUGUGGUCUCCUCCUCUACCCCUCUAUAGACCCAGACACCCUGAGGUCUCCUCCUCUACCCCUCUAUAUACCCAGACACCCUGAGGUCUCCUCCUCUACCCCUCUAUAUACCCAGACACCCUGAGGUCUCAUCCUCUACCCCUCUAUAUACCCAGACACCCUGAGGUCUCCUCCUCUAACCCUUUAUAGACCCAGACACCCUGAGGUCUCCUCCUCUACCCCUCUAUAUACCCAGACACCCUGUGGUCUCCUCCUCUACCCCUCUAUAUACCCAGACACCCUGUGGUCUCCUCCUCUACCCCUCUAUAUACCCAGACACCCUGUGGUCUCCUCCUCUACCCCUCUAUAGACCCAGACACCCUGAGGUCUCCUCCUGUACCCCUCUAUAUACCCAGACACCCUGUGGUCUCCUCCUCUACCCCUCUAUAUACCCAGACACCCUGUGGUCUCCUCCUCUACCCCUCUAUAUACCCAGACACCCUGAGGUCUCCUCCUCUACCCCUCUAUAUACCCAGACACCCUGAGGUCUCCUCUACCCCUCUAUAGACCCAGACACCCUGGGUUCUCCUCCUCUACCCCUCUAAAGACCCAGACACCCUGAGGUCUCCUCCUCUACCCCUCUAUAUACCCAGACACCCUGGGGUCUCCUCCUGUACCCCUCUAUAUACCCAGACACCCUGAGGUCUCCUCCUCUACCCCUCUAUAUACCCAGACACCCUGAGGUCUCCUCCUCUACCCCUCUAUAUACCCAGACACCCUGAGGUCUCCUCCUCUACCCCUCUAUAUACCCAGACACCCUGAGGUCUCCUCCUGUACCCCUCUAUAUACCCAGACACCCUGAGGUCUCCUCCUCUACCCCUCUAUAGACCCAGACACCCUGAGGUCUCCUCCUCUACCCCUCUAUAGACCCAGACACCCUGAGGUCUCCUCCUCUACCCCUCUAUAGACCCAGACACCCUGAGUAGCCUACUGUAGUGUGAUCUGUCUCUGUAUCCACAGCAUCUGAGUUGGAAUGCUGAUCCAGGAUCAGGUUCCAACCUGUCCAUAUAAUCUGAUUCAUUAUGAGCUAAAAGGCUAAACUGAUCCUACAUUAUGAAUCACCCAUCACUAGAUCUACUCUGAGAAGCUUUGAGGAUACAAGCCGAGUCCCCCAGUCCUGGUGGCUAAACUGAUCCCAGAUCAACACUGCUGCUCUGAGAAGCUUUGUGGAAACAGGCCCAGUCCCCCAGGCCUGGUGGCUAAACUGAUCCCAGAUCAACACUGCUGCUCUGAGAAGCUUUGUGGAAACAGGCCCAGUCCCCCAGGCCUGGUGGCUAAACUGAUCCCAGAUCAGCACUGCUGCUCUGAGAAGCUUUGUGGAAACAGGCCCAGUCCCCCAGGCCUGGUGGCUAAACUGAUCCCAGAUCAGCACUGCUGCUCUGAGAAGCUUUGUGGAAACAGGCCCAGUCCCCCAGGCCUGGUGGCUAAACUGAUCCCAGAUCAGCACUGCUGCUCUGAGAAGCUUUGAGGAUACAGGCCCAGGCCUGGUGGCUAAACUGAUCCCAGAUCAGCACUGCUGCUCUGAGAAGCUUUGUGGAAACAGGCCCAGUCCCCCAGGCCUGGUGGCUAAACUGAUCCCAGAUCAACACUGCUGCUCUGAGAAGCUUUGUGGAAACAGGCCCAGUCCCCCAGGCCUGGUGGCUAAACUGAUCCCAGAUCAACACUGCUGCUCUGAGAAGCUUUGUGGAAACAGGCCCAGUCCCCAGUCCUGGUGGCUAAACUGAUCCCAGAUCAGCACUGCUGCUCUGAGAAGCUUUGUGGAUACAGGCCCAGUCCCCCAGGCCUGGUGGCUAAACUGAUCCCAGAUCAACACUGCUGCUCUGAGAAGCUUUGAGGAUACAGGCCCAGUCCUGGUGGCUAAACUGAUCCCAGAUCAACACUGCUGCUCUGAGAAGCUUUGAGGAUACAGGCCCAGUCCCCCAGGCCUGGUGGCUAAACUGAUCCCAGAUCAACACUGCUGCUCUGAGAAGCUUUGAGGAUACAGGCCCAGUCCUGGUGGCUAAACUGAUCCCAGAUUUUUGUUUUGUUUGUUUUUUAUGUUAAAAACAUGUAUCCAUUGUUGGCAAUCAGUCAGAAAAGACCUGUUAAUAUAUUAUAUAUACAGCAUUGACUAUGGCUCUAUUUUUAAAUGAAGAACGUGUGUGUGUCUAAAGGUGGUGGAUAAUGAACUAUUAACUGGCAUUAUAAUGAUGUGGUCAAAUGUCUUGGGAGGGGAAUCAUGGAUGGAUUAAAAUACCAGAAUGAAUUAA